AUGAAUAUUUUAUGUAAACAUUGUCAAGCCAAACAUUUUAAAAAUGAAAAAGUUUCAAAUAAAGAGUCAUCAUUUAAUGAUUGUUGCGACCAUGGAACAGUAAAAUUGGAUCCCUUUCCAGAUUUCCCACUUGAACUUCUGACUUUAUUCAAUGGAGAGUACGAUAAAUCAUCCAGUUUUUUUGACGACAUACGUAAUUACAACAGUUCUUUGUCAUUUGCUUCGUUUAAUGUUAAUUUAGUUCAUUUUCAAAUGCGUCGAUCAGCUCCAUACUGUUUUAUAAUCCAAGAGCAAAUCUAUUAUCAAAUAAAUACGGCUUUAUACGCUAGCGGUGAUAAAAAUCCUUCGUACGGACAACUUUUCAUUAUCGAUCAAAACGAAGCUAUAGAUUAUCGAAUGCAACAAAAUCCCCUUAUAGAUUAUGAAUUAAUGUCGAUUUUAGAUAACAUUAUUCGUAAUCAUAAUAGUUAUGCUAAGUCUUAUGAAAUGAUGAAAGAUGAAAUUAGAAUCCAACAGCUUUUAAAAGAAAUGAAAAAUGAUUCUUCUCCUACAGAACUUCAAUUACUGUUUUCGUUAAAACUUGGCCAAGACAGUCGUAGGUACAAUUUUCAACGAGUCAAUGAAGUUGCUGCAAUAUUUUCAACCACUGUUGAUGGAGAAAUACCUGAAUCAUACAUUACUAUAAGAAAUAAAAAUACACAAAAUUUAGAAAUUGUUAAUUCUUUGGAUCCUAAUGUAGAACCAUGGAUUUACCCAUUGUUUUACUCAUAUGGCACACGUGGUUGGCAUACAACCAUGUAUCAUUCAAAUUCCAAUCGUAAAAUUACACUUCUAGAUUAUACUAAAUAUAAAAUAUCUGUUAGAGAAAGUGAGUUCAAUCCAAUUAUACGAGACCGAAGACUAUUCCAACAAUGGAUCGUAGAUAGCUAUGUCAAAAUCGAAAGAGAUAGAAUUCAGUAUUGCAAAAGUCAUAAAAAAGAAUUAAGAGUUGAUACGUACAAAGGAUUACAUGAUCACAUGAGCAAUUCUACAAAUGAUAUUAAUGGCACUAUAGGCAAGACUGUAAUUCUUCCUUCAUCGUUUACUGGCUCACCUUGGUAUAUGCAACAAUGUUAUCAAGAUGCUAUGGCUAUUUUUAAUGAAACAGGACAACCAGAUAUUUUCCUAACAAUGACAUGUAAUCCAAAUUGGCCGGAAAUAACAGAAAAUUUGUUACCAAGUCAACAAGCUGCUGACAGACCAGAUUUAGUAGCCAAAGUUUUCGAUUUAAAAAAAGAUCAUUUACUUGAUAUCGUUAAAAGGGGAUUACCGCAUAUGCAUUUAUUGAUUACAUUAGAACAAGGUUACAAAAUUACUACUGCUGACAUAGUUGAUGAAUUCAUAUUAGCUGAAAUACCUGAAAAUCUAAGCGAUUCACGUUUAUAUAACAUUGUUAUGAAAAAUAUGAUUCAUGGACCUUGUGGUGAUUGGUGCCUGAGGGAUGGUAAAUGUUCAAAAAACUUUCCAAAAGAUUUUAAUCAAUAUGCUACACUGGAAUCGUAG